AUGCACAUUCCAGUCAACUUCCGCCAAUUUGACAUCCGUCAGGAUGGUCCGGGCAACAUUAUCAACAAUCCCAACACCAACACCAAUAACACAGAUAAUAGCCCGGAUAAGAACCAUGCCUCCGACAAUGAUAACUCGAGCAGGAAUAAUAUCAUUAUAAUAUGCGUCGCUUGCAUCAUUUUCGCCGUGGCAUCCGCCUUAAUGACCUAUUUCGUCUUACGUACCCUCCGUCGCAUGAACUGUCGCCCGAAAUAUUUGCCUGGAAAAUUCCUAAAGGACAAAUGGAAUAGGUGGAACGUGGGCGUCUCAUAUGGUCAGGUCCCCGGGGCGAAUAAUCCAAAUGCGAACACCAGAGACACGCCCGCCGAAGGAGGCUCGGAGAUGCGAACUACCACCCCGGCCGCCAACAAUACGAGCAAUGUUCGACGGGAUACAUCGGUUCGCUCGGUCAUCACCCUUCCCGCCUACUCGCCCAGUCCCAAACCAACGGAGCAGGUCAUCGCUCGAGAGGGGGAGCGAGCAGGCAUGGACAUGGUUGUCGAGUUCCCCGAAACAGCUGAAGAAGAGGAAUCCCGCAGAGAAGAGCUGAUGGAGUCUCUCUACCAGAUCCGUUUGCAACGGCGAGAGGAGAUAGCCGACCGUGAAUGGCGGCGACAGGAGCGCCGGGAGGCUCGUGCUCGUGGGGACUAUAUUCGCCUUGAAGAACUCCGGCAGGAGAGUCGGGCCCGCGCGAGAAGCAGCGCGUCUGCCAAUGGAAGUGGUUCAAACCUCAGCGCGGCUCUGGCGGAAUCUCGUAACCGUGGUCGCGAUAGGCGUAUCUCCAGUGUCUCUUAUGCAGAACUGGGCCACGUGCGGCAUGACGGGUCGCGUAUCAGAGCCACGUCGCCCGAUUCGGACCGUCGUCCUCUUCUCACCGAUGCAUCAGCGCCCGAUCGAUCCUCAGGAUCGAUUCUCACCGGCGUUCAUUCUCGAGGCGAGUCGUACUCGUCGUAUCAGUCUGGGGUAUCCAACGUCUCCGAUGCGGAGACUUUGACUCAGGUGCAAUCGCAUGCGGCGUCUGCUCAUUCGGCUGAUCGCCCGUCAAUAACAGUCGACGAGGGUGAUGUGGGUGAACUCAAUAUCCCGCCGCCUGAGUACGAGGUCCUGGAAUGGGGAGAAGCGCCGCCUUAUACGAGUCCAAUCGCGGAGAGGGGCGAGCAUGCGCCGCAGCUUCGUGACUUGACCCCCUUGCCAACCAUCCAUAUCGAUGUAGCCAGCCCUAUCAGCAACACUCCCACCACGCCCACAAAUCCUCUGCGGGAAGAGGAGCCGGAAGAGCAACAAACCGCCGAACAAACUACCGAACAACCUGCCACCACCACUCAACCCAUCACUGAAGAGCGUGUCGAAGAACACCCUGCUUCUGAAUCAGCCGAAACACACCUCUUGAGGGAUGACACUCAUAGUCACCAGGCGCGCGUCACAUCGGCCGGCAACAUGUCGCGCGAAGCAACAACGAAUAGCUUCGCGUCGUUUGGCUCCGACUUCGACCCUGAGCACGAGGCGCUCGCGUCCACCAAGGAGCUCGGUCAUGGUAGCCCCCGACUUCCGUCCAUGCACACCAACGCCAGGAAGCGCCACGAGUACGACGAAGAAGAGCCCGACUACGCUUUCAACACAUCCACCUUCGAGCAAUAUCUACCAGAUUUCUCCCCGGUCGGCACAUCCGAAGAAGAAGAGGAGGCCGACAACGACGACAGCAUCUCCAUUGAGGCCGGCCGAGGCCCGACAAAACCUCCCCGUCGAUUGGACGACUCGAGAAACUCCUACAUGAGCAUCGAAAACAGCGUUCGCUCGUCGUCACCCGCCGUCAGACUCGAUUAUCCUACUUCUAAUACCCCUCAGAAGUCUGCUCUGCGGAACCCGGCGAGAAGAGCGGUCAGCGAUAGUCUCCGAAAGGAUGCUCAAAUCAGACGCGCCAGCCUUGCCCAUAAGGAGAACGUUGAUCCCCACACAGCCAAGUCGAACCGCAAAGAGCGACGGACGCUGUCAGACAUGCACGCAAAGGUUCGCGAUACUUAUGAAGGAUCCCUGAUUGAGGACGAAAGGCCUCCGGUCAUGGCCAACAGUACGCGUCCGACACGUUUUGGAAACCCCAACCUCUCUCAUCAGAUUGCCGAUGCGGUGGAAAAGGCUUCUCAGGAGGCUUACGCGCGCGAACUCCGUCGCGGAAAGUCCAGUAACAGCUCUCGCAAUAUGGCCAACAAUGCAGGUGAUACGGCUACUCAGCAGUCAUUCCUACUACCGGAUCUUCCCAACUUGUCAGAGUUGGUCUCGGGCGUCUAUGAAGACGGCACGCCCGUGUAUGCGCGUCAGAACAGAGCACGGACGACGCGCUUUGUCUCCCCUCCGCAUGAUGCUACUGAUGUUUCUUUGACUCGCGAACACAUGCCGCUGGAUGCUGUCCCCAUUCCGGAAGAUGAAAAGGCACUCUUCGUUUCAUUGAGACUCUUGCAGGACAAGGUUGCAGAAUUGGAGAGGUCCAAGUCUGACGCCGAACGGAGGAUGGAUGAUAUGAAGCGGGAGAAUGAAGCGCUGAGGGCAAACAAGCGCUCAAAGGACAAGCAUGGUCGCAGCCGACCUUACGAAUCCGACGAGGAUGACUACCGAAGAGAUCAGCUUGCCAACGAGAACCAAAAACUAGAUGCCGCCAAUCUGGCUUUGCAGAACAAACUCGACGUUAUCGAAAGAAAGGCCCAGAUUCAGGAAUCGACUUUAAAGCGGCUGAACCGAGAACGAGACAUGGCAGUCUCUCAAUUGGGAGUUGCAUAUCUGGAGAGCCAGGACCUCAAGAGCGAGAAUGAGAGUCUGCGCCAGGAGAAUGCAGACUUGAAGUCGCAGAUAUCGAAGAUCUUGUCCGCGGGCUCCAGAGCACGUGAGGACACAGUCGAGUCAGAGCAGUCUUCUAUGACUGAUGCAAGCGAUGAGGAUAGCCAGAUUGAUACGCAGCAUAGCAAGCAUACGAGCCGAAGCACCCGCGAAGUCACUGGCAAGAGCUCGCGAUCCAAGUCUAGACGUCAGGAAGAUUCGCGCGCCAAGAUCUCGACGCAGGUCGAUAAGGAAAUUUCCCGGCUUGAAAAAGAGCGUGCAGAAGAGGCACUGUUUUCGAUCGACGUCCCCCAGACCAGGGAAAAGUCGAAGUCGAGAUCAGGAAAGUCCAAGAGCCGGUCGGAGAGCAGUGAUGUGAGCACCAGGAAGCAGUCCAACACUGGCAAACAGCGCGUCAAGAGAGUGGUUGUCGAAGAGGUAGAGGAGACUGAGCCUGUUGAAUCGAGUGGGGAAGUCACUGGAAACACCAAGAAAUCCAAUGCAACGGAGCAGGACUUGACCCUGCUGAGCUUCGUUGAUGAACGUGAAAUUGCUCAACUACGGAAGACGCUGGAAGAGGAACGUCUGGCUCGGAAACGGCGGCAGUCGAGUACAAGCAAAGAGCAGACUGCAAACGAGACCGGAAACACGACCCGGCAGAGCCUGGCUAAGUCGACAAUUCCCAGAAAGUCUUCCCUCAAAGAAAGCAAGGGGUUGCCAUCUAGACCCGCCUCGGCCAUGGGUGACUUGACCGCCAACUCCAAGGCUAGCAUGACUGAAGGAGAAAGUAACUUGUCGGUGCCUGUCGAACGCCCCAGACGGCAUUCGGACAACUCCGGGGCCGCUGCUUCUCAGCGACGCCGGCGAAGGAUGGCCGAAGAGAUGACCUCGGCCUUUAUCUUGCCUGAUAUUACGUUCAACCCCGCGCAUCUGGUCGAGAACAAUCUUUCAAAGCUUCCUGAACCUGCUCAGCGUGCACUUGACAGUGCCACUAAGCACAAUGGCAAAAACUGCACGGUCUGCAAGCAGUCCAUUCCAGGUGCCUCUUGUGAACAUACUGCAGAGGCAGUGAAGAUUCCGAAGCCCGUUCCCGUUUCGGAGCGUAUGCCCGAGCCGUCUGUCUACAAUGAGGAGCCUACCAUGCGCCCCGCGCAAUCGCCAGAGCUUGCCCUCGCGACCGUGCUCAAGGCUUUGGAAGAUGAGCUGGCCCACCUGAAGAUGCAGCUGGUAGCAUACCAGGGCUCGUACAACAAGCUGGAUGCCUCGCUGAGCAAGCGACAGAGGAAGUCUGUGGGCGAGAAGAUCGAGAAGCUGUUGAAGGAUAUCGACAUGAAGGCCGACCAGAUUUAUGCGCUGUACGACGUCCUUGAAGGUCAGAAGCAGAAUGGCCGUGAGAUGACGGAGCAGGAGAUGGAAGUGACUCUUCAGUCGAUUGGAAUUGAUACGGCAGGACGGACAGCAGACGUCACCGCCACCACGGACAAGUCCUCUCGCAAGGAACCGGACUCGGAAGACGAUGAUGAGCUCCCUUGGGAGGGGUUUGAAAGUACUCUGGAGAUGACGGGCAGGACUGAUCUAUAUAUGACCUCUUCACAACCACCCGAGAUCCGCAACUCCCACACCGACAAUCAUGUAGAUACUACUACUGCUAUCUCCGCGCCCGAGACCGACGCCUCACGCCUCCGCAAGAAUCCGGACACCCAAUUCUUGUCGCCCGCCAUGUCAGUCGAUUCCUCCAUCGACGGCGACAAAGACAGCGUCAACACUGCCAUUCACGACGGCAGCUCGGCGCAGACCCGUAUACUUGCGCCGGCGCCCAUGCCCGAAUCCUCCCAGUCGCGGCGCUUAUCAGUAGAUGAUCACAACAAUACCAAUCUGAUCGCGAACGAGGACGCCCCCAACCCCAACGAAGAAAACAACAACGACGCCGACGAAAAACCCGUAACAUGGUCCUCACUACCGAAAAAGAGCCAACUCGCUAUCCUGACCAUCGCCCGUCUCUCAGAGCCACUCACCCAGACCUCCCUGCAAGCGUACAUGUUCUACCAGCUCAAGUCGUUCGAUCCGUCCUUACCGGACUCGACUAUCUCCGGACAGGCAGGCAUCCUGCAGGGCAGUUUCACCGCGGCGCAGUUCCUGACGGCUGUGUGGUGGGGACGACUAGCUGAUGCGGAGUGGAUGGGGAGGAAGAGAGUGUUGCUGAUCGGGUCGCUGGGGACGUGUAUCUCGUGCUUGGGAUUUGGGUUCUCGCGGUCGUUUGUGGCUGCUGCGGUGUUUCGCACGCUGGGAGGUGUGUUGAACAGUAAUGUGGGUGUGAUGAGGACGAUGAUUGCGGAGAUUAUUGAGGAGAAGAAGUAUCAAUCUCGAGCGUUCCUCUUACUGCCCAUGUGCUUCAACAUCGGCGUCAUCAUCGGCCCAGUGUUGGGCGGUGCCCUAGCUGAUCCAGUCAAGAACUAUCCCCAGAUCUUCGGUCCAGGCACGUUCCUAGGUGGUGCGAAUGGGGUGGAGUGGAUGCGCAAAUGGCCCUUCCUGUUACCGAACCUGCUCAGUGCAGUGUUCAUCUUCUGCUCAUUGCUGGCUGUCUUCUUCGGCUUAGACGAGACCCACGAAACAGCCCGUCACCGCAGCGACUGGGGCCGUCAACUCGGGCACCGCAUCUCACGCGCCCUCCGCCGCACCAGACGCAAAGACAGCAAAUACUACCAACGACUAACCGAACACCCCGACGACGAAUCCCUCUACAUCGACAACACCUCCCACCACCGCCGCAGCAUCAGCAUCAGCAGCCGCUCCUCGCGCCCUAAGCCAUCAUCAACAACAACAACAACCUCCUCCCGCCCCUCCUUCCGCCAAAUCUACACCCGCAACGUCCUCCUCACCCUCCUCGCCCAAUUCCUCCUCGCCUUCCACACCUCCGCCUUCAACGCCAUCACCUUCACCUUCCUCCCCACCCCACGCGCCCCUCCCUCCACCAGAACCGGCUGGUUCCACUUCUCCGGCGGCCUCGGCCUGCCCUCCUCCCGCGUCGGUCUCGCCACCGCCAUCAUCGGAAUCAUCGGCCUCCCUUUACAAAUCUUCAUCUACCCCUGGGUCCAAGGCUACCUGGGUACCUUACGCUCCUUCCGCACCUUCCUACCUUUCUCUUCCCUCGCAUACGCCCUCAUGCCCUUCCUCCUCCUUCUUCCCCGCGCAGCAUACAUCGUCUGGCCUGCAUUUACCGUGGUGAUCGCACUGCAGGUCGUGUCGAGGACGUUUGCACUACCCGCUGCUGUGAUCUUAGUGAAUAAUAGUGUCUCGGAUGCAAAGGUGCUCGGCACGAUUAAUGGCGUCUCGCAGAGUAUUUCGUCUGCGGCGAGAACGUUAGGGCCGUUUUUGGGGGGCUGGGGGUUGGGUGAGGGGUUGAAGGGGAAUUUUGUCGGGGGUGUUUGGUGGGGGUUGGCGGUGGAGGCGAUGGUGGGGUGGGUUGUGUUGUGGUUUAUUUGGGAGGGGAGGGGAAUUGAGAGGAAGAAGACUAGGUCGAAGAAGUAG